AUGGCAGUCACUAAAUCCGCCGAUCCUAUUUCGAACAUCGUCACCGCUGUGCAAGCCGCUAUGAGCAAUUACCAAAUAGUGCAGCACGAUAAGAGGCUUGGAGAUACAUUUCACGAAGCAGGUCGUAAGCUCACUCUAAUUGACAACGCACUGAGCACGAUCCAGACCAAAACACAGGGAGAUAUUGCACAAGCUGCCUCGACCUCUCUUGAGUCUUGCAAUAUCACUGCGACAUCCCUGGAGACUAUAUUCAAAAAGGUCUCAGAAGCACCGAUCGAUGAAAGGCAGCAGUCUUACGAGGCCUAUAUUGGACCAAAUGGCAAGAGCAAUUUGGUGGAGGCUUUGGCCGUAAAGAUGAUGGAGCAUAUUCGUACUUUGGCGACGGAAUGCGACAUGGAAAAGGAAAAUGAGAGGCAACUCUUAGUCGAAUUGCAAGCUGAGAUCAAAAAGCUGCAGGAUCUGAAACCGUCGGUGCCCAUCGAACAAAAGGUGGCGAACCACUUCUUGAACCCUGGCAACGGCAACCAGUUCAACGCGGCUGGAGGCACCCAAAACAAUGCAACUGGUAGUGGAUCGCAAUUCUCUGGGGUUACCUUUACAGGAGCUGUAACCUUCUAG